AUGGGAAAACACUUCCUGCUGUUCCUGUUGGGGCUCUCCUUUGUGGUGGGCUUCCUACAAGCUUUGACAUGUUGGGACUGUGACAUGUUAAACUCUGAUGGAAUUUGUGAGAAAGGAUACUCUACCUGUAAAUCUAAAGAUGACCAGGAAUGUGGCAAACUGGUAGUGUCUACAGGUGAUAAAAUCCUGUAUUGGAUGCAAGACUGUUCAUCCAUGUGCUUGAAUAAGACAUUCACCCAUUCCCAUCUAACAUUGAAUUUUACAUGUUGCCAUGACCAAUCACUCUGCAAUGAGUUUUAG